AUGUCUGAAGGAGAAGAAGCGAGCAAAAGGGAUAGAAAACCCACAGAGAAUGGUAUCAAGCACCAAGCUGAUGUCGCAGUGAAGUCAUGGAAAGUCGCCAUUCGACUCUGGAGUAGAAUAGCAAAUAAGCAUCGUGAGCUUAUUGUAGAAGACGACAUCCAAGCUGAGGUGAUUAAAGAAUCCCGCAACAAAGUACAGGAAGCUAUGGACAAAGCCAUAGCUACUCAAGAAGUGCUCGCUGACUUAGUUCCUUCAGCAAGUCUCGAAGAUGAUGGUGAAGACAGGCUUGAUGAGAUGGAAGAGGAGCAUUCAUCCUUGAUGAGAGAGACCAUGAGAAUCAUUAUCCAGUUAAAAGGCGGAACUCACGCUUCAAAGUCUGUUUCUCGCUCACCAAAACCAAGAGUUCGAGAUUGGGUCAACGAACAAGCACCCGUCUCUCCCAUGGAGCCUGCAGUUCAGAAAGAUGAUGAAGUAAGUCAACAACCAGCAGACAAGCCCAGCAAUGAAGAUGUUCUUGCCAGCAGUUUGAAGGAGCUGCUCUGCUUGAAUAGACUACCUCUUCCGGAGCCCGGACAUUUCUCAGGCAAUCCGCUUGAGUAUACAUCAUGGAAGAGAAGCUACGACGCCUUAAUCGAGCAUCGAGGAAUUCCCAUUGAAGAAAGGUUCUACUUUCUUUUAAAGUACCUUACUGGUGAGCCGAGAUCCCUGGUUCAAGGUUAUUCCAUGAUUGGAGAUGCUGCAGGAUACAACGAGGCAAAGAAGGUAUUGGAGCAAAGAUAUGGAGAUCCAUUUGUGGUAUCCAAUGCCUAUCGUGAUAAGCUAGACUCCUGGCCAAGAGUGGGUUCCAGAGAUGCAUUUGGUCUAAGGAGACUUGGAGACUUUUUGAAGCAGUGUGACAUAGCUUCAAAAUAUGUUCAUCACUUAAGUCAUCUUGAUGAUGAAAGAGAAAAGCGGAAGCUACUGAUGAAACUCCCAGAUUGGUUGGUCGUGAAAUGGAGCAGGAAGGUCGUGCAUUGGAGGCGAGAGUGGGGGACAUUCCCACCCUUUUCUGUUUUUACCGACUUCAUUGAAGAAGAAGCUAUAGUAGCUUGUGACCCUGUAACAUCUCUUCAAUCUCUGCAGACCUCGAAUGAAAUCAAGAAAUCAGCUACUUCCAGCUUUAUGCAGACGGAAACUCAUCAUCAGAAUCAGAGAGAUUGCUCUGUUGAGAGGGAGACUUUUUCAUGCAUCUUCUGCAAGGGUCGACAUCACCUCACUGAAUGUUCUUCCUUCAACUCAGAGACGAUGCAGAAGAAGAGAAAGAUCGUUAUGGAAAAUGGACUCUGUUUCGGCUGCCUUGAGAAGGGACAUAUAUCAAGGAGAUGUAACAAGCGAAAUACAUGCUCUUCAUGCAGAGGGAAGCAUCCUACUGUUCUACAUGAUGAUGAGUGGAAAGAAAGACGACAGGAUGCUACCAACAGAGAUAGAGAUAACAUUGAAACCUUGGAGUCAACAUCCUAUGCAUCAAAUUCUGAUUCCAGUCAUUCUACAAAGUCAUCAAUGAUAGUUCCGGUGUGGCUGUCUCAUGAGUCCUGCCACAAGGAUAGAUUAGUAUAUGCUCUGCUGGACACACAAUCAGACACAUCCUUUAUUCUCACGAAAACUAAGGAGGCGAUGGGAAUUAAAGGAACAGAGGUAAACCUGCUACUUUCUACCAUGACCAAAGCGAAUGAGAGAACUGCAAGUGAAAAGGUGACUGGUCUUCAGGUGAAAGCAUUCAACGACUCCACGAAGAUCAUCAACCUCCCUUCUACCUUCACGAGAGACAUCAUGCCAGCAGAUCGACAUCAUAUCCCUACUCCUGACAUGGCAAGAUCCUUCCGACAUCUGACCAGGAUUGCUGACAUGAUAGCUCCUCUUCAAGAUGUUGAAAUAGGACUCCUGAUCGGCUACGACUGUGCCAAGGCUCUUGCUCCACGUGCUGUCAUCCACUCUCCUGAUGAUAGAGGUCCAUACGCGAUCCAGACGGAUCUAGGAUGGAGCAUUGUUGGCACAGUAAAGGCAGGGCAUGCCGAUGAUCACAACGAUCCUUUGGGUGUGAGCCAUCACACAACAGUACGAUUUGUGCCUGAUGAGGUACAGCUACAUGUAAAUGGACAUCGAUCAGAAAUGAACUUCACUCAUUCAGCGACCAUGAAGGAAGAGAAAGCACCUCUUCAUGUUGAUCGACUUCUAGAGGCCGACUUCACUCCAGAUGAGGGAAAGCCAGAAGCUGUAGAUCUUUCUAAAGAUCCUGAAGUGAAAAGUCGGACCCAUGUGCAGAAAGUAGACAAGCUCGAGUUGGAACGAUUUGAUAAUCUCUCUAGUUGGUGUCGAGCGAAGAAAGCUGUGGCAAACUGUGUACGUCUCAGAUCUUACUUACCUAGACGUUGCUAUGCAAGAUGGGACAAGAGAGAAGAGAAAGGUGGUGUCGAGAAUGUUGUGAUAGAACCUCUAUCUGCUGAACAACUCCUGCAGGCUGAAAGGGAGAUCAUAAAGUUGACUCAAAGGAAGACCUUCGAUGUAAUGACAGCAGUAGAGGGUGAUAGACGCCACAAUGAAAGAGAAAGAAGACGUCACUGUAAGACCACCAGUCACCUGCAUCAUCUUGACCCCUUCAUGGACAAUGAUGACAUCCUAAGAGGGAAGGACUUUCUUCAGAGAGAGGAGUGUGACUUCAUUGCCUUCAAAUGCAAUGUACCUACUUCGAGCCACAUGGGUGGAGGUCCGAGAGACUUCGGAGGACUGUUUGAAGAAUAUGAUGUAUAA